AUUUCCAAGUUUAAUCAUUUAGUUCUCUGGAAGAAACCGACUUCAUUCAGAAGUCAUCAGCUUACGUAGAAUGGUGUGGAAUAAAUUAUUCUAUAUCUGAAGAACAUAAUGUCCUGGUGGAAUAAAAUUAAAAAUUCUGAUUCUAAAUUAGAAUCCGGUAAACAUGUACGAAAAAUAAUAGAAAAUAUUCAUGGUUGUGCUAAUCCAGGUGAGUUUCUCGCGAUCAUUGGACCUUCUGGUUGCGGUAAAACCACUUUGUUAAAUCUUCUUGGCGAUCACGUUGGAAGUAAAGGAGUUUAAGGAACUAUAACUCUAAAUGGUCAUAAAAUAACGAAAAAUUCAAAGAGGUUUGCUCG